UUCCUGGAAUUUGAGAUCCCAAUUACUAGUUUAUCAGAGGCAAAGCUGUAUGGAACUGAAGUUGAUGGGGAUGUGUUUGAGGAGGUGGUGAAACGGCCAGAUCUUGGCGUUUUCAAGCUCACACUGAACAAUGAUGCUAAAGGUAUGUGCUGGUUUUCAAGUCUUGGUUACUUGUGGCAUCACUUUCAAUAUAACCACACAUUUGACAUGCCUGUAUUGUCAUCUUUGUGUAUUUCCGAAUCUUCCCUGAUGAGUCCAGUCUCAACCAGUUCUGUGAUGGGUGGUUCAGACCAUGAGUCGGAUGAUACAAUCAUUUUGAGCGAUGAUGGAAGCCCCUCACGAAAGCGUCAAAGAUCUGAUGACGAAGCAAAAAAUGUACGUUUCUAAUUCAUUCUUCAAUUCACUUGCCAUCAAAUGGAUUUUUCACUGCUGUUUUUUACAGCUAAUAGAGAGCAUACUGAAUAAAAAGCCUGGUGGAGAGGUUGUCAUCAGGAAAUACUCCAAAACUAAAAGCCUGACCUUCUGGACCAGA